CAAGGUGACGAUAAAAGGAGUCUAUUCGCGGCGUCUAUCGAACUUGAGGCUGCAUCGAGCAGCGUGGUGGUCCACGGCGAGCUCCGGUGCCGCGCCGGCGCGCCUGGCGCCGGGCAGCGCGGGCAGCUGCAAAAUUCGGCCUGGGGCAGAGGCGGGCUGCACUGGCGCGCGCGGCCCGCGGGGCAGCCGCAGCAUGCAGCCCUGGUUCCGACCGGAGGCCGAGGCCGGCCGCGCGCACGCGGGAGCUGCCGCCCGGCGCGCUGCAUACAAGCUCAGUACGCCGCCGGCCGCGGCGGCCGCGCCCGCCCCGUCCGGGGCCCGGCCAGGCGAGCCCAGGCUAAGUCGCGACGCGCACCAUCGCAUGGGCGCACGCCGAGACGCGCACCAUCGCACGUCCGCACGUUGAGAAGCUCACCAUCGCAUCGCGCGCCGCCGAGACGCUCACCAUAUCGCAUUCGCGCAGGUCGCAACCAUGGUGAAGGUCGUCGUCUUCCUCGCGGCCGCCGCCGGCGCGCUGAACUUCGGCUCCAAGCCGACGACGGCCGGCACGACGCCCGCGGCCUUCAAGCCGGCGUUCGCAACCCGCCCAGAUCGCGCGCGCCGCCGCCGCGCCCUCGCGAAGCAGGAGGAGUGCAAGAAGGACCUCAUCCCCACGCCGGGCCGCUUCCUCUUCGCCUUCGGCCGGCCCGACGUCCUCGCGGCGCGCCAGGCCGAGCGCUGCGCCAAGUGGGAGUGGAGCUCCGAGUUCCUCGCCAAGGCGCGGCCCGACAAGGCCGGCGUCGGCAACUACGGCGCGGGCGACUACUUCGACGACGGCCUCACGGUCCUCGAGCGCAACCAGAUCGCCUCCGGCAAGGAGUCCUUCCUCACGGGCGGCGCCAAGGCGGCCUACCGCGCGCGGACGGGCCAGUUCUAG